CCUUCCUAUUAUUUUCUUUUUCUAUAUAAACACCCUUGCUUCUUGUUUGCUCCGCUCUUCUCCUUGUCGUUUGUAAAAUACACCUCUACUACUUCAUUUGUUCCCCCGACCCCCCAACCCACCCCAGACUUCAUUUUGAUUAGGAUCAAGUUUGAUAACACAAUGGAAGUUUUGCAUUUCAUUUUUGGUGUCUUUGGGAAUGCCACUGCUUUGUUCCUCUUCUUGGCUCCAACGAUAACAUUUACGAGGAUCAUUAGGAGUAAGUCUACAGAGCAAUUCUCGGGAAUACCCUAUGUCAUGACCUUGCUCAACUGUCUCCUCUCUGCUUGGUAUGGGCUUCCCUUUGUAUCAAAAAACAACCUUCUGGUUUCAACAAUCAAUGGCACUGGUGCAGGCAUCGAGACCAUUUAUGUGCUCAUCUUCAUCUUCUACGCACCACAAACGGAGAAAGCUAGAAUCCUUGGGCUCUUCGCUUGUGUACUCACCGUUUUCUCUGCUGUUGCCCUCAUCUCCCUCUUUGCCCUCCAUGGUAAUGGCAGAAAACUCUUUUGUGGCCUUGCUGCUACCAUUUUCUCCAUUAUCAUGUAUGCUUCACCUCUUUCAAUCAUGAGGCUGGUGAUCAAAACGAAGAGUGUGGAGUUCAUGCCAUUUUUCUUGUCACUGUUUGUGUUCCUGUGUGGUACUUCAUGGUUUGUCUAUGGCCUUCUUGGUCGUGAUGCUUUUGUUGCUAUCCCCAAUGGAUUUGGGUGUGGGCUGGGGUUCAUGCAGCUCAUCCUUUACAGCAUCUAUCGCAACAACAAGCGCUCUGGAGAAGCAAAGAAGCUGACCGCCAAUGGAACCGUUGAGAUGGGAGCUGAGAAACCCCACCAAGAGAAGCCAACAAAUGCCAAACUUCCUCAUCUUGAACAUGUUUAAUCGGUCACUUUCUGGUGCUCUCACCUACAAUGUUAAAAUGUCCUUUAAUUUUUCAUUUACCCCAUUGUAAUGAAAAAAGCUUUAGCUUAGAUGAAUGAGUUGCAUAAGAACACACAAGAAAAUUGGUAAAAGAGGAGUCUCUUACGAUGUAUUUCGUCGGCUGGUUGUGACCCACGUCAAAAUUUUGACAAUUUCCUUGUUUGAAUCUGCCAACAAAUAUAUAUGAACUAGUUUUUUUAUCGCA